GACAAGACCUGAACAAAGCACGAAUUUUGGCUAGACGCCUAUUUUUAUUUUGUUCCAAUUAUGAAAACAUAAACGUUUAUAAAAUAAGUGAGUAUGGUUGGGAAACGCUCAGUUGCCCAAACUGCUAAAAGAUUAAGACAUAAUCCAACAAUACGAAGACCGAAACGAAAUAUUCCUGUUAAAAGCAUAGAUGAUACUGUAGGAUUAUCAAAAAAAGAAGAAAAAGAAUUAAAAAAAGCUUUAUAUGCUUCUUUACAAGAAACCAAAUUAAAAGUAACUUACGCUUAUGAGACAGUUGUUGAUGGAAAGGUUGUCAGCACCUCUAGGAAUGAACCUCCACCCUCCGUUCCAGCCUUCGAAGAACCAUCUCCUAGAAUUUAUGUCUCAAGUACUGCUCCCAGUAUAGAUGAGAGUAGUCAAGACUCGGUGAAAUCCUACAAUAGCUCCUAUACGAAUACAACGUCUAUAUCAGAACCUAUCAGAACUAAAGUUCAUGCUCAACGUAAAUUUGCCCAGGGUUCAUUGCCAGUUACUCCAAGUACAACACCAGUGAAAUCUGUCACUUCACCAUUUAAACUCUUGCCGAAAACAGCCAAAACAGAAGAUUUUCUAACUUUCUUGUGCCUUAGAGGUACCUCCGUACUGCCACCCCAUUUAGAUUUUCUGAAUUUUUCAAGAGAAGAAUCAGGAGAUUCUCACUCAACAAGUCGAACAGACACACCCGCUGGUUCCAAUUCCUCGAAAAAUACCAAAGCAGGGGAAGUAACUAGGGAGUCGACGCCGGAGUCAUCUAGUGUCAGUAGUAAUGACGAACUACAGCAACUACGAACACCAUCUCCUAGUACCAGAAAUAGUGGUAUUAAUAGUGCCUUGAGAAAAGCAGCACGAGCCAGCGCUGGUACCCCAGAGACAGCUCGUGGUAUUGUGAGUCUGAGACAAGGUCUAUCUAGAAAGGUAUCAAGUCUGGCACAUACACCUUCACCUCAGCGGACACGACGCUCUCUAUGCACUCCAGAAAAAACACCCACGUCACGGGGUUCACAGACACGUAAGGGAAGCAGCACUGUAUCAUCUAGUCGUAGAGCAGGGGGUAAGAAAUCUCCACAUGGAACUUUUAAACCACUUGAACCUGCUGAUAAAAGGAAAUCUAAAGCUGGCAAAAGGGCGGACAACAAAGGCAAAGUAUUACGGGGACGUCAGCCAAUUGGCAGUUCAUCGUCAUAUCAUACCUCUGAUAACUUUUACGAAAACAUUUCCCGACAUUCUAAAGGUCGCAAACGUCGUUCAGAAAGUUCGGAAGACUAUAGUUGUAGACCAUCUUCUAAAAAAUUUCCCAAGAGACGGAGCAGUUCCAGAGUAAAAACUCUCACACAUUCCUUAAAUAAAAGAUCGAAACGUCAAAUCUUUGAAGACGACGAUGUGUUCUUUGAAAUUGAUGAGGCAGAUGACGACGACGAUCUUGAUUUUAUGACAAAGAAACGUGGACGACCAAAGGGAUCCAAAAAUAAGAAAGAUUUUGGCACAGGGAUGGCUACUAGAAGAUCAUCUGUAUCUUCAUCCUCUCAACCCGCAGAGAAGAAAAAAUCUUCUCUUUCAAAGUUGGCAGCAAAGAAAAAAUUAGCCGCUGUGAACACACUGAAGAAAUCUGCUAUGAAAGAUCAAUCUAAAUUGGCUAAUAUAAUUGAAAAACGUCGUCGACCUAGAUCUGGGGAUCUAACAGAUCAUGAAAAAGAACAAGUUACAACUAGUCCAAGUACGAGUAAGAGAAGUCCAGGGAAAUCCUCUCCUAGAUCAGCUAGUAAAUCAUCAGGUUCACCAAGAAGAUUAAGCAUUGCCUCUGAUAGAUCCAUUCAAUUUAAACCAUUCCCCUCCAUUAACCAGAAAGCUGAGAUGGUAGAUAUACCCAUAUUUUAUCCCACGGAACAAGAAUUUCGUGAUCCUAUAAGCUAUAUAGAAAGUAUUAAAUCUACAGCUGAACCAUAUGGAAUGUGUAAAAUAGUACCACCACCAAGCUGGAAGCCUGAAAGUCGAAUAAAUGAAGAUAUGCGAUUCACAGCACAAGUACAGUAUAUACACAAACUGUAUAAAAGAUGGGGACCGAAUGUAGAGAAAACAGCGUGUAUAUUAAAACACUUGAAACAUAUAGGAGUGGAAUAUGACUCCAUUCCUAAGGUUGGAAGUGUUGAAUUAGAUCUCGCAAGAUUAUCACAGACAAUACACGAACAUGGUGGCAUGCAAAAUGUUAUAGAUAAAAAAAAAUGGAUCAAAAUAGCCGAUAUUUUACAGCUUCCAAAAAAUGCUGUGGAUCGAGGUACAAAGAUAUUUGAUGCCUAUUGUAAAUAUUUAUUGCCUUAUGAUACACUGAGUACUGAAGAGAAGAAGAAAUUAAAACAACAAGUUUUAGCUGAUAAACAGAGGAUAGAACAAAUGAAUGAUGAUGAAGAAGGAAUUGUAAAGGGUAAAUCUAAUCCAUUAAGUACAUUUAUACGUGUAGCUAGAAAUGUUCAAUCCAUGUGGUAUAAAGAUGAACCUACAGCUGAACAAGUCGAGGAAGAAUAUUGGAAGAUAGUAGAAGAUGGUAAACAACAUGUAGCUGUACAAUGUGGACACGUUAAUACUAGAACACAGGGUACAGCUUUCCCUGCUAAACGAGAUAACCCAUAUUUUAGACACAGCUGGAACUUGAAUAACCUGCCACAAAAUUCUCAGUCUUUAUUAAAGGUGCUUGGUCCUAUUACAGGAACUACUAUUCCUACCCUCCAUAUUGGAAUGUUAUAUGCUACAUCUUGUUGGAGCUGUAACCCACAUAACCUGCCUUAUAUACAAUAUCUACAUUCUGGUGCUGAUAUUUUAUGGUAUUCUGUCCCGAAACAGUUAGAAGAUAAGUUUAAAGAGGCUAUGAUAGAUCUUACACCAAAUCUAAUUAGCGAUGAUCCUCAAUGGUUGAAAGAAGAUGUCGUUAUGGUAAAUCCUGAGUUAUUAACAGAGAAUGGUGUAUCGGUUGGUAGAUGUAUACAGAGAGCUAGACAGUUUAUAGUUAUAUUUGAUAAAUCCUAUACAGCAACCGUUAGCUGUGGCUAUAAUGUGUCGGAGUCAGCACACUAUGCUACACCAGAAUGGUUACCUUUAGGAAUGCAAGCUGCUCAGAUAUUAAAUGAGAGUUGUGAAAGAGAAUUAUUUUCAAUGGAUGCGUUGUUGUAUUUGCUAUCAACCAAUCAGUCUCUAGAUAAAGAAACCCUGUCUCUUACACUUGGUUACCUAGAGAAUGUUGUAACGGAAGAGAUAUCAUUAAGAAGACAACUAUAUGAUGCAGGUUUAAAGAUAUUUGAGAGAAUGGCCGUGACAGAUGAUGUGAUGAUGUCUGCGUAUCCAAGAAAACGAGCCCAAGAUUUAUUAGAUGCUGAUGAUAAUGUCUGUGAUAUUUCUAAAAAAAUCUGUUACUUAUCAAUGGUAACCAAUGAUGCUGAGAAGACAACUCUAUGUCCAAAAGAGGCUUUAAAAUAUCUUCAUAAAAAGAAGAGUUUAAAGUCGUGGCGAUUACUGUACAGAUAUACAGAUAAUGAGUUGAAAACUUUGGUGGAAAAUACGAGAAAAAGAUUAAUUGACGCUGGUGGCAAUACACCUGGUAAAAAACGUAGCGUGAAGAAAAUCUAAACACAUUUAUGGUGAUAUACUCAUAUUCUCAUGUGUAAUUGUUUAAUGAACAAUUGUAUUAUAACAUGUGUGUAAUGAACAAUUGUAUUAUAACUCAUGUGUAAUUGUUUAAUGAUACAAUUGUAUUAUAACACGUAUGUAAUGAACAAUUGUAUUAUAACACGUAUGUAAUGAACAAUUGUAUUAUAACUUAUGGGUUAUUAACAGUGUGCAUAAUGAACAAUUGUAUCAUAUUCUCAUGUGUUAUAAACCUUGUGCGUAAUGAACAAUUGUAUCAUAUUCUCAUGUGUUAUGAACCUUGUGCGUAAUGAACAAUUGUAUCAUAUUCUCAUGUGUUAUGAACCUUGUGCGUAAUGAACAAUUGUAUCAUAUUCUCAUGUGUUAUGAACCUUGUGUGUAAUGAACAAUUGUAUCAUAUUCUCAUGUGUUAUGAACCUUGUGUGUAAUGAACAAUUGUAUCAUAUUCUCAUGUGUUAUGAACCUUGUGUGUAAUGAACAAUUGUAUCAUAUUCUCAUGUGUUAUGAACAAUUGUAUUAUAACGUGUAUAUGAAAAUGGCAUUCGACACAAGUACAUUUUACUUUAUAACCUGUUGGUAAUUCACUCUGCUCAGAUUGUUAUGAUGAAUAACUGACCAUGGCCAGGCCCCGAGUUCACAAAGCAUUUUCAGACUUAAGUUAAGAGUUUACCCAACUUUCAAUCACUGUUUAUGAGAAAUAUCUUUGAUCAAGAAACACGCAACUUUGCACAUAGUUUCUUAUUGAUGAAUUUGAUACAUUAAAACAACAAAAGUUUUAUAAAGGGCUAUAUUUCAGUUAGAAUAAUGCAAAGAAUUUUUAGUAAAUUCUUAACUUAAGUCUGAGAAUGUUUUGUGAACUCAGGGCUAGACUAAUUCAAACUAUGUAAUUACACCCGCACUAAAGUACUGGGGGUUUAUUAACAAAAAUAUUUAAGCUAAAAUAUUUUAAGAAGCUGACUUAUCAUUGGUUUAAAUCAUAGUACAAAUUUUAACUCUUAACCAAUGAAAAACCUGCAUCCUUGAAAAAUGGUUAAAAUCCUAGUACAAAUUUUAACUCUUAAUGCUAGAUUCCCACUGUCAUACGAUGCUUUACGAUAGGUUGUUCCUAUUGAGUCCACGAUCUGGUGCAUGCACAUGCACAUGCUACGACUGACCUUGAUAGGAUCACCACAAUUACUCCACAAUUAAAACCACAAUUAAAAGUACGAUUUCAAUCGUAGCAACGUGACAAUGAGUAGGGUUGCCUGUCCAACCCCGUGGGUUUUCUCCGAGUCCUCCAGUUUCCUCCCACUGCUAAAGACCCCUACGCGCAAGCGAAUUAUUGAAAUAAAAUUAAACCAUAUGUUAGUCCCGAAAUGACCUUGUUUGUGUCGAGUGGACAUUAAACCCCAUUUCUCUCUCUCUCAAUCGUAGCACAAUCAUGAUAGUGGGAAGCUAGCAUUACCAAUGAAAAACCUGCAACCUUAAAAUAUGGUAAAGAUUUUUUAAAUAAAGCCCUGGGUCGUGCAUGUACCUUAUUUGAGCCAGCAGUAAUGGGUUAUGAUGAAGAUUUAGUGGAUUAGUGAAAAUUAUUGGAUGAAUGGAAAUAUUUAUGGAGGGCAAAUACAGAGAUUUAUUUUAUAUUAUGUGGUGAAUAUAUUUUGUGUGUUAUAAGUUUUGUAUGUUUAAAGUUGUUAAAUAUUUUACGGAUAAAAAUGUUUGUGAUUUUGUUAAGUAUAUGAUGUUAUUUGAGUGUUACAUGGGAUGUUAAAUCAGUGUUAAUUUGUUAAAUGGAUAAUAUGGGUGACCUGUGACAGCAAAAUGAGCCGGAAGUCCCAAGUCAUCGUUUACCAUAUAUGAACAAAAAUGUCGAAAUAGGAUAAAAAUAUAUAAAAAAAAAUAAUUAGUUUGCUUUAUUUCUUAAAUCUAAACUUUUACCAUAUUUUAACAUUUUUGUUCAUAUAGUCAAAGAUUACGGAUUACAUAUUAUAUUAUAUUUAUAUAGGAAUGACGUUUUAUGGUUCGCUAUAAGUCCAAUAUAAGUUAUAUUAAAAGGGGACUUGCCAUUAUGUAGGUUAUAUUAAAGGGGACUUGCCAUUAUGUAGGGUAUAUUAAAGGGGACUUGCCAUCAUGUAGGGUAUAUUAAAGGGGACUUGCCAUCAUGUAGGGUAUAGUAAAGGGGACUUGCCAUCAUGUAGGGUAUAUUAAAGGGGACUUGCCAUUAUGUAGGUUAUAGUAAAGGGGACUUGCCAUUAUGUAGCUUAUAGUAAAGGGGACUUGCCAUCAUGUAGGUUAUAGUAAAGGGGACUUGCCAUCAUGUAGGUUAUAUUAAAGGGGACUUGCCAUCAUGUAGGUUAUAUUAAAGGGGACUUGCCAUCAUGUAGGUUAUAUUAAAGGGGACUUGCCAUUAUGUAGGGUAUAUUAAAGGGGACUUGCCAUUAUGUAGGUUAUAUUAAAGGGGACUUGCCAUCAUGUAGGGUAUAUUAAAGGGGACUUGCCAUUAUGUAGGACACCAACAACCGUGAAACCCUGGUGUUUUUAUAUGCCCAUAUUUAGACCAGAGGUGGUCAACCCUUUACAUACCAUGCACCAAGUUGUUCAAAAACGCCAACACGUAUUGAAUUGUUACGGGGCGAUAGCAGAACAAAAGUCCAUCUUUUUUAGUUUGAUUCGCAGGAGUUAGUUGGCCAAAUGGUUAACACGUGAACGUUGGAUAAUAAGGUCUGUCAUUGAGUCAGGGGGAUGGGGGGGGGGUCUAAUCCAUGUUAGCGUGAAGAAGAUAUCUUUUGUUAAGUUUUAGUUUGAAACGAUGUCGUAUAUUAUAUCAUCUAUUGUUUAUAUAUUUUCUGUUUUAUUAUCAAACAUGUUUUUCUCAUCUUUUCCCUAUAUUUCAUUGUAGAUAACCUUUUAUAGUAACUGGAUAAAGCGAUAAACCAUAACACAUACUUAUAGAAAAACAACGACUUAUUUAUUUGGCGAUGUUUUGAAGACUAUUCUCUCAACGUUAUCAAUACUCUUCGAAAUGUCACCCAAAUAAAAAACAAGUCGCUGUUUUUCCAUAAGUAUGGUUUAUAGUUUAUUGUUCAUUGUAGAUGUUUUUGUCAUUUUAUUUUCUCUGAUCUUUGUUUUCGUGUGUAAUUUAUUGCAGGGUUUAUUUUAGUUGAACAUAUUUUUUUUAGCUUUUUUCCCAAAGUUUUUCAUGAAAUCCCUUCCUUUGUUUUUCUCUUGUUUCCUGUAUCAUGCUUUCUGCCAUUUAUUAUAUGGCCAUACCAGUUUAAUUUUUUAUCCCACUCAAUUGUUGUGUGUGAUGUUUUUUUGUUAAAAUUUUAUAACUAAAAGUUUUUGAGGAAAGCAACUAAGUAAGUUUUGUUUUUAAAUAGGUUUUCUAUUCUGAAGAAAUUUGAGGGGGAUUGGAUGGCUGAAUGGUUAGCGUGAGAGCGCUGCAUCAUAAGGUCUGUCAUUGAGUCAGCCGGCGUGGUUUCGAUUCCCCGGUUGUAUGUGACAAGGAGUAGGGUCACCUGUCCAGCCUCAAGGGUUUUCUCCGGGUCCACGGGUUUCCUCCCACUGUUAAAGACCCCCCAUGCGCAAAAAUAAUGUUAUAAAAACAAACAAAAAUUAUCUUUGAGUUCCAAAUAUUUAGGUUUUGAAAUUUUAACAAAACAUCGCACACAAGAUUGGGUGGUUUAUUUAUUGAUCAAUACCCCAGAGAAAUAAAAUUUAAAUUGGUCUGGCCUAAGAUUUGAAUAUAAAAGGGAGUGUUGUUGGCCUUUUAAAGGCAUUAAAAGGUAAAUUAAAAUUGAUGUGCAAGAACUCUGAUUAGAAUAAUUCCAAUAAUAACUGAUAUAUUUUAAUAGAAACUGCUCUCGGUUUGCUAACAGUACAAUUGUUUUUGAAUACCGGUAAUUGAUUUAUACUUGUUAUCAGUUGCAAUAUAAAUGUCUGACUGAAAUGAGACCAAAACAUUUUAAAUGAUUUUAAAUUUUAAAAGUUCUAUGUUUUUAUGAAUUGUCCACCUGCCGGUCCUUAUUAUAGGCCUAACAACUUUGUUUUUUUCUGUGGCAUACAUGUGUAUGUAGUAGACCCACUUUAGGCCUAGGCUACUAAUAUAUAUGUUAAAUUGAACAUGUUAAUAUUCUGUUAUUGUUCUUCUUAUUUCUUAGGGGAAAAGACUAAUUUAAAACCAAAAUUAUUUGGUUGUUCUGUUCAAAAGCUUUUAGUUCCAAAUUUUUAAUUUCUGAAAUUUUAAACAAAACCUCUUUCACUUGAUUUAAGUGGCUUAUUAUUUAUCAAGACCCCAGAGAACAGAAAAUCAAAUUGGUUCGGCCUAAAAGCCGUUAAAUCUAAUCCAUUUUUUAAGAUCAUCCAUCAUGCUUUAUCCCAUUUUAAUCCCAUCAUCCUAUUUAUAAAGAAAAUAACUUUACAUGAUCUUUUAAGGAAACAAAUUUAAACAUUUUAUAAUCAGGGUUAUCAUUCUUUUAUUUUGUCUUUCAUCGGUCUAAAGUUUGUACCUUUUUUAUGUUUUAUUAAAUUUAAAUG